CGGCGUCGUUUAAUUGCGACGAUGCUAAAUAUAAAAAAAGGAGAGAAAUGAAGAGGAAUUUUACUUUGUAGCGAUGGAAGCAAUGGUUUCCGGCGACCUGAAGUCGUCGAGCUUGGAUCGUGUCAGACCACCACCGCCUCCUCCAGAUUCGGCCCUUGUUUUGGCUACCAGACCUCCCAGACAAGCGGUGUCGUACUGGACGUGCUCCAAGCUUUGUGCAAUUUGCUUCGUUGCUGGGGUUGUUUUCGGUUACUCCCUGAGAGGACGAGUUAAGCGUUGGGCUUCCAAGUUGCUCAAGAAGCUCACCUGAUACUUUUAGUCAUUUGGUCAGAAUAGCAUAACAAUUUUGCUUCAUUCCUCAUGCGGGUUUUGUAAUGGAAUUACUUGCUUUCGCACAACUUUCAGUUUUUUCCUACUACUGCUCAACAUCUUUUUACAAUCAAUCUUCACAGAUUUAGAUGCCCAAACUUCAAUAUCAUGUUUCCAACUUCAUUUAACUCGCUUUGCCUUUACUUAUCAGCCAUUCUUGUCAAGGAUCAUCGAUUUUACCCACUACAA